AUGGCUUCUCAUGAUCCAGAAGAUAGCUCGACUUUUCAGCUCUCAGACGAAGGCGAACCAUUACUCCCACUAGUAAGAGAGACAAAAAAUUUCGCUAUACACGAAGACGAAGAUUCAUCCACGAACGAUACCCAUGAAACGGACACUCAUGAAAAUGAAGUGGUCUUGACUAAAAGACAAUCAUGGAGUCUUUAUCUAUCUCACUUCUUAUCUACUUGGAAUGCGAGGGGAUACGAGUUUGCUGCGAUUAUCUUCACGGCAUCUGCAUAUCCUGAGACACUCAUGGCUUCUUCGAUUAGAGGUAUCAUUACAACUAUCGCAACCCUAGCGUUAUCCGCCUCGGUAGGUCGAUGGUGCGAUACACACCCUUCUCGACUACAAACUUUGCGCAUAACCAUAUUCUUACAACGUACAUGUGUCGUACUUGCAUGUCUUGGAUGGUUUUUCAUUGUCGGGGAAGAAUUUUUGGGUGGCGGACUAUUUUCGGUUAUGCCCGUACCUGCAUCCCGUAAAGGAGGCCAAGCUGGAAUUCUCGAUGGAAAUUGGCUGGCAAAAGCCGCAAUUAUGGCCGUGGUGAUGACCUUGGGAAUUGGGGAACGGCUUAGUGCUGUAGGAAAUAUGAUUGUGAUGGAAAGGGAUUGGGUCCCGAGGUUGGCUACUGGUACCUCAAAGCCGUCACUUCCAGAAUUGAAUGCCGUAAUGCGACGGAUAGAUCUUAUCUGCAAACUUCUGUCGCCGAUAUUUAUGUCCGCGAUCGUGCUUUGGACAUCUAGUAUGCGAGUUACUAUCCUAAUUACUGCCGGUAUAAACUUUUUGUCGAUGGGCAUAGAGUGGUUUGCUGCUAGGCGUGUAUGGAGAGAGUGUGAAAGACUUCAAGCGCCAAAAGCUCUCGAUGCCGAGCAAACGGGAGAUGGAAGCGGCAAUAUGUUCAAACUGGAGAGAUGGAGACAAAGCCUAAAUAUAUUCUUCAGGAGCGAGAUAUGGAUUCCAUCAUUAUCGCUCGGCCUUCUUUACGUUUCUGUCCUAUCAUUCUCAGCCUCGAUGAUCACGUACCUUCUCAAUGCCGGCUUUACACUAUCAGUCAUAACCAUAGCUAGAACUGGAAGCACCCUUCUUGAGGUGUCUUCAACCGUAGUGAUGCCAUGGAGUGUCAAAUUCAUGGAGAAAGCUGCCGCAUGGAGAGCAAGGAGGGGAGAUGGAACAACACAGUCGGCAGCCGGUGAAGCAGCGGCAGUGGAGAGAACCGGGCUUUGGGGAUUGUGGUGGAUGGUUAUAAACUUGAUUCCGGUAACAGUAGUUCUUUUCUACAUCCCGGUGGAUUCAGAUGACCGUCCAAGCUCCCUUCUCAUGAGCUCGCUCUUCAUGUUUCUUGCAUUUUCCCGCCUUGGACUAUGGACUUAUGACCUUGUUUCGCAAACUCUCGUUCAAACACGCAUACCCGCGACAAAUAUAGGGGAGUUUUCGGGCGUAGAGAUGGGUUUUAUUAAUACUUUUGAGUUGAUCCAAUGGGUCCUUAUUGCCAUAUGGAGCUCACCAGAACAAUUUAAGUACGUGGCAGCUGCGGGAAACGCGUGUGUUGUGAUCAGCGCAAUAGCGUACACAGCAUGGAUGUGGACAUGCCGUGGGCAUUUGGUGCACUGGGAAAAAGUAAAGGAAUGCACCGGCUGCAAGUAA